AAACAAAAGUUGAGGGGUCUAAGUGAAAACACAGAGAAAAUAGAAAAGAAAGGUUUUUCCAUAUUAAUAUCAACAUUAUCUUUUGCAAAUGCAACUCCUCCAUAGAAGCCUGAAAUUGGACACGUAGCCGUAAACAUAGAGAAGAGAAGAAAGCAUUUGAGUGUGGCUAAUACUAUGUUUUGUUCAUCUCCAUCGUUUCCUUCUUCUUCUCCUUCACCUUUAGUAAUGAUGCUCCAUGAACAAGCUGCUCCUGCGGUUGCCUCAUGGUUUUCUAGUUUUGCAUCUCAGCAUUUUCCUACCUCGGUUCUUUUACAAGAGCAGCGUGAUGAAUAUAGGCCUGUACUUCACGUCAAUAAUAAGGAGGCUACAUUAAAUACAAGGCAGAUGGAUAUGGCCUUAGUUCAUGAGAAAAGUAACAUUGGCAAUGCUGAUCAGUUAGUGCAUGACUUUAUCCAGCAGUUGCAUCUCAGGUCUCAUUUACAGAACGUAUGGACUUGUUCUCCAACUAGGGAAAUUGCUGCUUUUUUGACUCCUAGGCCUGUUGAUAUUGAUUCAGAGAGGCCUGCGGAUGGUCAGCCGGGGAUUGUGUUCUCUCUUGCUGAGCAAGCUUUGUUAGCCUCAAAACAAGCAGCUUCAAUAGCUGCAGCGAUGAAAUCAAUUAAGGCUGACGAUGAUGAUCCACUUCCUUCUUGUCUGGACUUCUCAAGUUUGGCUGACUCUUCAGUCGAAAAGAAUAAGAUUGUGAGGUCUACACGAAUUAUAAAAAGACGAUCUAAACAGAGAAAAGUAUCGAAGUUAAAACUUCUUGAUGAAGGAAGUUACUUUCCAAGAAAGGCUGAUGUACGGGGAAGGUUACAUGUAGAAAAGAAGCUAAAAGAUGGGUUUGAUCAAAAUGACCCUGUGCGCUCGUUCUUGUCAGUUCCUGAAUCAAAGCAACUAUUGACCCUUGAAGAAGAGGCUCAAUUGAUUACUCAGCUACAGGAUUUAUCAAGAUUGGAAAAAGUAAAGAUCAGGCUUCAAUCUCAGCUCGGGCGGGAACCAACUUUGGUUGAAUGGGCUGAUGUUGUUGGCCUUAGUUGUUAUGCCUUGCAGAUGCAGCUUCAUCGUGGUAGUAGAAGCAAAGAAAAGCUGGUUCACGCCAAUUUACGCAUGGUAGUUCACAUUGCUAAACAUUAUCAAGGGCAUGGCCUCAGCCUUCAGGACAUGUUGCAGGUGGGAAGUACAGGCCUCAUAAAGAGCAUUGAAAAGUUUAAACCUGCAUCUGGUUGCCGGCUUGGUACUUAUGCAUACUGGUGGAUAAGGCAUACAAUAAGGAAGGCCAUAUUUCUAAAUUCCCGGGUGAUCCGUUUGCCGGAGAAUUUAUACAGUCUUCUGGGCAAGGUCAAAGAAGCAAAAAAAUUGUACAUUCGACAAGGAAAUCUGCGCCCCACCAAAGAAGAAAUAGCAGGAAGGGUAGGAAUUUCAGUAGAAAAGUUGGAAAAAUUGCUAUAUGCUGCAAGAACUCCAAUUUCAAUGCACCAAACCGUGUGGGCAGACCAAGAUAAGACUUACCAGGAGAUUACUGCGGAUCCUUCAAUUGAAAUCCCUGAAGUGAGUGUUGCAAAACAGCUAAUGAGGAGGCAUGUGCGAAGCCUCCUAAAUAUCUUAAGCCCAAAAGAAAAGAGGAUAAUCAUGCUAAGAUUUGGUAUUGAGGAUGGCUACGAGAAAACUUUGUCAGAUAUUGGCAGGGUAUUUGGUUUGUCCAUGGAGAGGGUCCGGCAGUUGGAGAGCCGAGCAUUGUCCAAGCUCAGGCAGUGCAUUGUCAGUCAAGAACUUAAAACAUAUGUAGACUUGAUUGUAUAGAUAAGUAGACACCAAGAUUAUGCUGCUUGGCUGUCACAUUUUUUCUGGCCGAGUACAAAAGCAAUAACUAGAUCAAGCUUUUGAAGCGAAAACUGACACUCAGCCAUUGUAAUUGAAGAUGAACCCGGCAUUCCUACCUGGGCACCGAGAAAAUUCAACAACAAAAAAUGCUUGUGCACUCUGUAAAAAUUGAGAAGCCAAACUAAUGUGAAUCAGAAACCAUGUUUUGAUUGAAACUGUUGUAAUAUAUUGGUGUCAUCUCAUUUAAUUUUUGAAUUGCUUAUAAACGAAGAGAUAUCUAUAUAUCGCAAUAGAACUGCUAAGCUGGACCUUUCUUACACCGGAGAGGGAGCUCAUAUUG